AUGGCGCCGCCGCCGGGACCUCGCCGCUCCAGCCGUCAGUCGAUCUCGCGUGGGCAGGGCAGCGCUGCGUCCGGCUCAGACGGCAGGGACGAGCUCGACAUGCUGGGCGACGAUGCACGAACGGCGACGACGCCGUCGCCCGAGCUGGGCCGCGGUAGCCAGCGAGCCUCUUUCGCCUCGUCGGCAGGCUCGACCACGCCGGCCACCAUCGCCUCCAACAUCUCGUCAGCCCGCGCCUCGGGAACCGUGACUCCUGCCACGUCGAUCGACGACGCCGAGGAAGUGCUUUUACCCGUGCCGGCCAGCAAGGCAUCGGCGUCGCGUACCGGGCCUGUCAAGGGCGCCUUCAGCCCGACCAACCAGCCUCCGGCCGUCAAGUUCGAAGCUGGCCACGCCUUCGUCGAGAUCCCUUCCCACACUUCCUCGCAGCGAUCCACCCGAGCCUCGACGAGGGCGUCAGUACCCACGCGCAGCGCCCUCAAGAGGUCGACUUCUGCAGCAGGCGAUGCCGCGGCCGCUCCCUCCACCAAAUCGACCGGCAAGCGCAAGAUCGAGGCGAUCGUCAUCAGCAGCAGUUCUGACGACGAAGCAGAGAAGCAGCGACAGCCGCAGCCCCCGCUGCGCCCUGCCAAGAGGAGCAGGACUUCAAUCGGCGGCAGCUCAUCGAUGCGCAAGUUCGACGAAGACAAAUACAAGGAUGGCGAUGACAUCAACGACGAUGAGGAUGACGAGACCGAGGACGAGACUGAGUGGUACAUGGCGGCCAAAUUCACGCCCAAGGCCGCGAAGGGCAAAGGCCAGACAAAGGCCAUGGCAAAGGGCAAAGGCAAGAUCGUCAAGGGUGUGGACGAGGAUCCGCACGAGGACGCCGACGUCAAGGCUGCGCCGCCUGCCACGCAGCAGCGAUCCGCGCUUCAGCGCACCAGCAGGCGUUCGACGGCAGCCGCUGCUGCCGCUGCUGCCCCCGCCAUGAAGGGGGACAGUGACGGCGAUGAGGAGCUAGUCGCGCUGUCGCUUGAGCUGGCGUCCGAGGGCGUAUCGGAUGUCCCUGAACCUGCUUCGGUUGCUACCAAGUCCAAGGGACGCCGUGCCGCCGCCAACGCGGCCUCCAUCAAGACCAAGGCCAAGGCUGCGCUCGACGAGUACCAGGUCGAUGACGACAAUUCGGGAUCCGACAGCGAUUUCGAGCCGGUCGGCUACAGCAAGCGUGCUUCGCGCUCGGCCCGCCAGGCACGCCUCAAGCGCGACAUCGACAUCGACUCUGAUGCCAGCUCCUUGGACGGCUCCGACGACAGUGAGCUGAGCGACGAGGACGCUCCGCUCGCCGCUGGCUCGUCGGCUGGCCCGUCGACCGGCCUCGCCGCCGGCAGCAUGCGCGAGGAGCAGCAGUACGAGACGGCCAAGCAGCGUGCGGCGCGCUUGCGGAGCGAGAGGCGCCAGGCGCGCCUCAAGAACAAGAACGUCCGCAGCCAGUACGAGAAGAACAAGCGCGCGCUCGUGGCGCACCACCCUGAGCUCAAAGACGUAUGGGAGAAGCUGCGGGACGGCGUCGCGGUCAUCAAGCCGGAGCAGGCCGAGCAGCCGGCGGGGCUCAACAUCAAGUUGCUGCCGUUCCAGCGCGAGGGCCUCGACUGGCUCAAGCGGCAGGAGGCGGGCCCCUGGAAGGGAGGCAUGCUGGCCGAUGAGAUGGGCAUGGGCAAGACGAUCCAGAUGAUUAGCCUGAUGCUGAGCGACCGCCAGAAGCCGUGCCUGGUGCUGGCGCCGACGGUGGCUAUCAUGCAGUGGCGCAACGAGAUCGAGCAGUACACCGAGCCGCGGCUCAAAGUGGAGCUGUGGCACGGCGCCAACCGCACCCAGGACGCCGACCGGCUGCGACGCGCCGACGUGGUGCUGACGAGCUAUGCGGUGCUCGAGAGCUGCUACCGCAAGCAAGAGACGGGUUUCCAGCGCAAAAAGAUGCGUGUCAAGGAGGAUUCAGUGCUUCAUGCCAUCCACUGGCGCCGCAUCAUCCUCGACGAGGCGCACAACAUCAAAGAGCGCGCCACCAACACGGCCAAGGGCGCCUUCGCGCUCAAGGGCGACUUCCGCUGGUGCCUCAGCGGCACGCCGCUGCAGAACCGCGUGGGGGAGCUCUACUCAAUGAUCCGCUUCCUCGGCGGCGACCCGUACGCCUUCUACUUCUGCAAAAAGUGCCCGUGCAAGUCGCUCCACUGGCAGUUCAGCGACCGCCGCAACUGCGACAGCUGCGGUCACACGCCCAUGCACCACACGUGUUUCUGGAACAACGAGAUCCUCAAGCCCAUCCAGAAGAACGGCGCUGAGCAGGGCGAGGGCAAGGACGCUUUCGGCCGCCUCCGCCUGCUGCUCGAGCGCAUGAUGCUGCGUCGCACCAAGCUCGAGCGCGCCGACGACAUGGGCCUGCCGCCCCGCACCAUCGAGGUGCGCCGCGACCUGUUCAAUGAGGAGGAGGAGGACCUGUACACGUCCCUCUACUCGGACACAACGCGCAAGUUCUCGACCUACCUCGACCAGGGCACCGUGCUCAACAACUACAGCAACAUCUUUACGCUCCUGACGCGGAUGCGCCAGAUCGCCAACCACCCUGACCUGGUGCUCCGCUCGCAGUCGGGCGUCUCGAACCGUCUGUUGGGCGAACAGCAGGACGAGCACCACGUGUGCAAGAUCUGCGCCGACGUGGCCGAGGACGCCAUCAUGUCGCGCUGCCGCCACGUCUUCUGCCGCGAGUGCGUGCGCCAGUACCUCGAGACCGACCUUCCGCCCGACGCGGGCGCGCCCGACUGCCCCUACUGCCACGCCACGCUCUCGAUCGACCUCGAGGGGGAGGCUCUCGAGCCGCCGCAGCCGCUCAACAAUGCCUCGGACGGCGGCCGCAGCGGCCGACAGGGCAUCCUGUCGCGCCUCGACAUGGACCAGUGGCGCUCCAGCACCAAGAUCGAGGCGCUCGUCGAGGAGCUGACGCAGCUGCGCGCCGAGGACAAGACGAUCAAGUCGCUCGUCUUUUCCCAGUUUGUCAACUUCCUCGACCUGAUCGCCUUCCGCCUCCAGCGCGCCGGCUUCCAGAUCUGCCGGCUCGAGGGCAACAUGUCGCCCGAGGCGCGCAACAAGACGAUCAAGCACUUCAUGGAGAACCCCAACGUCACCGUCUUUCUCGUCAGCCUCAAGGCCGGCGGUGUGGCCCUCAACCUAACCGAGGCGUCGCGCGUCUACCUCAUGGACCCGUGGUGGAAUCCCUCGGUCGAGGUGCAGGCCAUGGACCGCAUCCACCGACUGGGCCAGCAUCGACCCAUCAUCGUCAAGCGCAUGAUCAUCGAAAACAGCAUCGAGAGCCGCAUCAUUGAGCUGCAGAACAAGAAGAGCGCCAUGAUCGAGGCCGCCAUCGGCAAGGACGAGUCAGCCAUGGGCCGCCUCAGCGUCGCCGAUCUCCGCUUCCUCUUUACGCUCUGA